AUGGACGACCGAGGUGCUCUUUCAGAUGAGGAGGCACGCAACCCCAUAGUCAGCGAACCGACCCAAAUCAAGGCACACGCGCUACACAGUGUUGCAGAGUUCGACCCCGUCGGUUUAGCAUGCGACGACCCGCCGAACUCACGAGCCGAGACGGACCGCGCAGUGACGGACGGGCACGAUGGGCACAACUCUCCACUGACGGGGUUGGAGGCGUUGAAAAACAUUUUGGAUCGCGAAGGGUGGGACAAAUUUGGCUUUGUUCUAUUUCGGACAUACUACACAGAUGAGUCGUUAUGGGAGCGGUUUGUCGAACAGUACAACGCGACCCUCCGGGCGGGACUGGGAUCGCCCUCGCAAGCCGAUACUUCUGAGAUCUUGGAAAAGGUGCACAUGGAGAUUGUGUCUGAUGACUGUAUGGCGAACAAGAUCCCAGCGCACAUAGCCUUGGCGUAUCGAAUAUUCAGCGACAUCGAGCCGGGGCUCAAGACCAAAAUGUGCUUGAUUGUCGAUAAGGAGAGUAUGGAGUCGAUCGCAGGCACGGACUCUCAAUCGCCACCAUUUGUCAAAGCCGUUGAUGUUGUCCUGGGCGCGGACGCGGAAUCAGCCUUCCCGCGUGUCAUCAAAGUGGCGAUUUCCUCCUUGCUGGCAAGGUUUUACCCGGCGCUCGCCAAUUGUGACACGGUGUGGGAGAUUGCGCCUAGUGAUGACGAGGUCUGGAUAGACUGGCCCGAUGAUGCGGUGCGGGAGUAA